AUGGUAGCAACCGAUAACCAGAACUCCUUCCUCAACCGGAUAAGCAUCCGGCGAAACCAGGUCGUCACCAUGGAAGGUAACCACGACCCAGAGAUCGAAGACCUUGAACACUUCCAGAAACAUGUCGCCGAUCGCUUCCACGACCUUCUAUCUCCUCCCGACGACUACCCCUCCGAGCCUUUCCUCUCCAUUGCAUGGAUACGGAACCUUCUAGACGUUUUCCUCUGCUGCGAGGCCGAGUUCAAAGCCGUCGUCCUCAUGGGCCGCGAUCCGACUCAGAUUACCAAGCCACCUCUCGACCGCUUGGUACCGGAGUUUCUUGACCGAGUUGUUAAGGCUUUGGACAUCUGCAACGCUGUCUCCAACGGCGUUGAGUCGGUCAGACAUUUCCAGAAGCUUGCUGAGAUUGCGGUUUCGGCUUUGGAGCAGCGGCCGAUCGGUGACGGGCAGGUAAGGCGAGCUAAGAAGGCGUUGAGUUCUUUGGUGACGGCGAUGGCGAUUGAGGACAAAGAAGGACAGACUAAUAAGAUGACGGAGAGGACGUGGUCGUUUGGUAGGAGGACAGGAGUUUCGGGGUCGAAUAAGGACCGAGCCGCCGGGCAUUUCCGGGUCUUGUCUUGGGGAAUGUCCAAGGGGUGGUCCGCUGCAAAGCAGAUACAAGCUAUGUCGACGAACAUGGUGGCGCCGAGAGGGAAUGAGACGUCGAGUUUGGUCCAGCCGGUGUAUAUUAUGAGCACUAUUAUGUUGUUUGUGAUGUGGAUAUUAGUGACUGUUGUGCCCUGCCAGGAGAGGACGGGGCUGAUGACGCAUUUUCCGCUGCCGAGGAACUUGGUGUGGGCGCAGUCGUUGAUUGGCUUGCAAGACAAGAUAGCAGAGGAGUGGAAGAAGAAGGAGAAGAAAUGCGCGGCGGGGCUAAUGGAGGAGAUGCAGAAGAUGGAGAAACUAGGGCAGUCAUUGAUCGAGUUUGCGGAUAGUUUUCAGUUUCCGGUAGAGGCAGGGAAGCUGGAGGAGGUGGCAGCGCAGGUGGCGGAGCUGGCGGAGAUUUGUAGGAGGAUGGAGGAAGGGUUGGUGCCUCUGCAACAACAGAUAAGGGAACUGUUCCAUAGAGCUGUGAGGAGCAGGAUGGAAGUGCUUGAGGUUUUGGACCAAGGUGGUAAAGGUACUCCACCCAUGAUGUGA